CCACUCCAACCGUUACCACCACCACCACCAAUACUACUUCGUCUUCGCGCCCACUCUUCCGGCGGGGUCGCCGUUAAACUCGAGCAACCAUGUUCAUCAAGAGCGACAUGUUCGAGAAGCUCCUGUGCUGUCGGAGGAAAGUCAUCGAGGACGACAAUGACGACCGAGUGGUGGAGGAGGUCGUUCUCCAACACACCAACAACAACAAGACUGAAUAUAUCUCGUCUGCCCAGUUGGUUGAGAGAUUGAAAGGUGGCACCACAGCAGUUGUGGCACUCGUCCGUGAGAAGCGCCUUGUGGUGGCAUGGCUGGGGGACUCCCAGGCUCUCCUGGUCCGUCGAAGGAACCCCGUCAGGAUGGUCGAGCCCCACAAACCCGAACUGCCGGUCGAACGCGAACGAGUGGAGGAGAUGGGCGGAUGUGUCAUCAAUAUCCAAGGUACCUGGAGAGUUCUUGGCCAGCUAGCAGUCUCCAGGGCAAUAGGCGAUGCGGACUACAAGCCUUACGUGUCAUCGGAGUGCGACAUCAAGUCCUUGGAGAUCGAGGGCGACGAGGACUUCCUCAUCCUGGCCUGCGACGGCCUCUGGGACACGCUGUCUGCCGAGGAUGCCGUGAACGUCGUGUACGCCUAUCUCACCCACAAUAACGGAGACACUGAUGGUGUUGGUCGCUGCCUGGUAGAAGCAGCGAGGUCGACUGGCUCAGAGGACAACAUCACCGCCGUAGUAGUAUUCUUGCGCCCAGUCUCUACCCUCAUGGAGGAGGAAGCCCAACGCAUCGCCCAGGGACAGGUCCCUGACGACGUCCCCGCCGUCUUGAUGGAGAAGGACUCGACUCCAUCUUCCAUCAACGCCAUCUUCUCCCCCCCCAUCUUCACGUCUCCCUUCAACAACCAGUUCGACCAGAACGAAAUCUCCAAACACAUGAACCUGGACGAAGAGUUCGCCAACAGCGAGAAAAUCCGGCAGGAGAUUCAGAAUGAUUCGUCUGGGCUUCUGGAUGGGUCCUUCAAGGACCAGGACGAGUCGCUGCUGGACUCCACGAAGUCCCCCGUCAUCCCGCCCCACGACUCGGAUUCGGACGAGGGCAUCGCUGUGGGCAACGACGGUACCCCUUCAGCUCAACCCACCCACAACGUGCAUGAUGCCCCCACACCCACGGCUGAAGAGGUUGAUGCAGCAUUGGCAGAACUAGACAGCAUCCCUGACGGUGUUUGUGAAUCUGGUGAAGUUGAAGAAGAGGAAGAGGACGAAGAGGAGUGGUCUUACUAUCGUAUGGAACCACAGACACAUCCACAGGGUGAAGACGUAAUAACUAGUGGAGUUGCCCCUGCUGCUGUGUGUUCAAAACCAGCUGAAGACAUUGAAAUCAUAACCGAAGCUACUAAUAUAGCCCAUGACCAAGACAUCAUCCCAGCAGAAGAACCUAAGGCUAAAACUGAAGACUUAGUAGCUGAUCUGAUUGAAGAAAGCACUGAUUUGAUUGAGCAACCAGAAAAGAAUGAGCUUGUAGAAAACAUUGAAACACCAGUCACUGUAGGAAAGACUCCUGAUAAUCUUGAAAGCAAGAUGGAUAUGGAUUUGAUUCCUAGCUUGGAUGAUCACCCAGAGAGGUUGAUUAACUUCUCAGGGCCUGGUCUCGAGAAAACUGAUUUGAUAGAUACAGGUUUAGAGCAGAAUAGCCCUCAUGGUUCUGGUAGCCCAAGGGCUCCAGGAAGCCCAAGGUCAGUUGAAGGCUUUGUUACUUCUGUUGAGCUGAAUACAGCAGACGAAGCCUUUGCUACCAAUUUUGCUGUGAACCAACCUCAGGAUGGCUUUGCUGGCUCAGUGAUGGACCAGUCAUCUGGACCUUUCAGUGUUUAUGUUAGUUCAUCUCCAGAACCAGUCAGUUUGGACCCACCUACACAGUCUGUUGAUUUGCUCAACAUGACCUCUGGUUUGACUAAUGGACAAGUGGAUGAUGAGCAUCCCAUGAAUCGAGGAGAGGUUCGGGAUGAGUCUCCCGUAGAGAUUGUUCAUGCUCAGUCAACUGUGGAAGUAGUUGCACCCCCAUCUCCUGUGGAUGUAAGUGGACCUGAGACAAUGUUUACUAUGCCUGAUCAGCAAAUCCCAGAUUCUCCUGUCUCAGCUCACAUGCCACCAACAGAUAUCUCUUUUGUUCCCCAACCAAUUAUAGAACCUUCUGCAGAAGUUCCAGUUCCUGUUUAUGUAGAUGAUACACCAGUAUCAGAGCCUGAGAUCAUUCCUGAUGUAACCCAGGCUAUAAAUGCUACAGAAGACUUGGUUACGGUAUCGGCUACUGAAGACUUGGUUACAUUAUCUAAAACUGAAAUGGAAGUGAAAGCUGAAAAUAUAACCGAAACACUUGUUUCAAAUGUUGAAUCAUUUGUUGAGACUACUCGAACUGAAGUUUCUGAGGCUAAUUAUAAUAUGGAAACUGAAAUUUCAAACCAUAUGGUGACAGAUUUUGAAGCUAAAGAAGAAUUGUUGCAGUUGUCGUCACCUGCACCUACCAAUAUCGAACAGGAUGUUAUUUCUGUUAAAUCUCCAGACUUUGAAACAAUUCCCAAUACUGGAGAAGCAUUUGUGGAGGAAAGAACUUCACCAGUGAAUAUUGAAGCUGAAAAAGAUUCACAAAUACUCUCUCCAGAACCCGUGGAAGUUAAGUCACCAGAACCCGUGGAAGUUAAGUCACCAGAACCUGUAGAAGUUAAGUCGCCAGAACCCGUAGAAGUUAAGUCACCAGAACCAGUAGAGGCUAAAUCACCAGAACUUACUGCUAAGUCACCGGAAGCGGUCAAAUCCCCAGAACCAGCAGCAGCUAAAGCCACCAAAGCUGCAAGAACUCCCGCAAAAUCUGCUGGAGAAAAGGCUGCAACCAAGGCAACACCUGGGAAAGCUACUCCUAGCAAAGCCACUCCUGCCAAGGCAACUCCUAAGUCUACAACUACUCCAUCAUCUACGAGAACUCCAUCCACAAGAACCCCAACCACCAGGACUCCUCUUGCCAAAAGUACAGAGAAGAAAACUCCCACUAGUAAACCAGCUUCUCCUGCUGUUGCAAGUAGAACUGCAGCAUCGAAACCUGCUUCUACUAGGCCAGCCUCAGCACCUACGUCUGCUAAACCUACAGUUUCAAGGACUGCAGCUCCAAAACCUGCUACUACAAGACCAGCUCCCACCAAACCCUCAACCACUAAAUCAACUUUGACUGCCGCCAAACCUACUACAAAGGCACCUGGAACCACUGUACCAAAAGCUGGAAGCACCACAAGGCCUACAACUACGCGUCCAACAUCUGCCAGUACGACUACUACAAGGAAACCACUUGAUGCCACAAAAUCUGCAGAUAAAGCAGAUGGUAAAUUAGUUAAUGGCACAGCACGCCCAAGCAGUCGGCCUGGAACUGCCAGACCCACAUCUACUACAACUGCAACACGCAAACCUCUUACUUCUACAACGAAGACUGCUACCAAGUCAGCUGCUGAAAAAGAAACAAAGAACACUACAAAUCAGAUUUUGUCGACACGUCCAUCCAAAACUGCGUCAACUACUACAAAAACAGCAGCAAGUAGAACCACCUCUGCAACACAUUCCACAUCUAGAACUACAUCCAAGGUCUCUGAAAGUGCAAAUGCUACAAAGAGUAGAGUAACCGCCACAACGAAAACAACUGCAUCAAAGACCACAGGUGCAGCAACCAAGAAGACAAUGGUUACGAAGUCAAAAACUUCACAAGCAGGUACCAAGGAAACCUCGGUUAAAACAAAGACUGAAGCUUCAGUAAUAGCCAAAGCAGAACCCCUGGUAAAUGGAGAAAACAAAAUUGCUGAUGAAGAGACCAGUGUUGAAGUAUUAGAAAAAUGUGCAGUAGAGGACAUUAUGCAGGCAUCAACCGAGAAGAUGAUUGCAGAAACCAUGUCAUCGGAACAAAUGGUUGUUACUACAGAAACGACUGAAGUUUUAGUGAAUGGAGAUCAUUGAAGUGAUAAGAUAGAAAAUGCAGUUGAAAUUUGGUCCUGUUUUUCAUAUUUGCAUUUUCGGUCUUAGGGUCCAAGUGUGUCCAAUAAUAUACCCUUAAAGUUGUGCUAGUCUGAUGGAUUGCUCCAGUGACAGAUACAAUAUAGCCAGGCUGUCUUGAGAAGGACAUGGAUCCUAGCAUGUGUAUAGUCGCCUUAUUGCUAAUAUUAGGAGUUGAUAUUCUUGCUUAACUAAUAUGUACAGUACUACUGGAUCGUACAGUGAUAAGGAUUGUCUCACCUUGGUAACCGGGCAGUAUAAUCACAUUUUAGCAAUUUGAAAUUCUUAUCAAAUUUAAUUUAGUUUUUUAAAUUUGACCAAUAAAGUUAAUUUUUUAAGCGAAAGAUAUUCUGCCUAGGUGCACUGUGUAUGGUAUUUAGACGAAGUUGAAGAGGUGAAUCCAUUAACAGUUUAUUAGAUUCUUGAUGAAAAUAAGCUUUAAGUUGAAAAUAUUUGUAAAUAGCUGGCAGAUAUUCCUGCGAGGUGCUAGUUCUCCUGUGUUGCAUUCCGUAUUUCCAUGGCUUAAACUUUUUGUACUUGCCCUCACCUUUCCUUCCGCCAUUGACACCAACCCAGGCUUGUAGUAAGCAAGUCCUACAUAAGCACCCCAUUUUUUUAUAUAUAAUAUAUAAUAUAUAUAUUCUUAAUUAAAUAGUACCAGUGUGGUUUUGUAACUGUGGUUGGGAACAUGGAUGUGAACAGUGUGGAUAAAAGGCAUCAAAAUAGUGCUGCAGAUAUUUGAAGUGCCUUGUUCCAAGACUUUUUCAUUCCAUAAAAUGCUGGACGGUAAUUAAGAAUGGAUCAUGACCCCAGGCAUUAUUUAUUUAGUAAGUGUUAAGAAACUUUGUACUGAUUUUAAGAAAUUUAAUUUCCUUCAUGUCUUAAUAACAGUGUCUGCAGUACACAUGAAUGAUUGUAUAUUUUGUUAAGUGUUUUGCUUCGUGUCAUACUAUGAAUUCGCACAAGCCUGUGUAAAGUAUCAAUUAUUGUAUUCAAGUAAAAAUAAAGGUAAAUCUAUUA